UUUCAUUAGGUACAUGAAUGUAUUUAAAAUCGAUUUUGAAUCGUAUUCAGAUUUCACAUCAUCUUAUUCUUCACCAACCUCAUCAACCCAAUGGCUUGCAGAGCAAGAGAACUUGUAUCGUUGUUUUUCUAUAAGAUUUGCAAUCCUAGAAGAUAUGAUUACAAAAUUGAGGAACAUGUGGGAGAAGAAGCAGAGGCAGAACUCAACAGGCUGAGAAUAAUCACCCUAGUUCAGGAAUUGGAAGUCAAGAGGCUGAAAACACCUUUAGAGAAACCAGAAGCACAACAACCCAGUAUGUCUGAGGCAGAACUCAAGAGUUUUAGAGCAAUCCUAGAGAGCAAAAGUGGGUCCUCCUCAGCGGUGGAGGAGAAGGAGAAGAAUCAGAUUUCUAACCAAUAUUUUUUUCUUCCCGACGAUCUUGUACGUCUCAUAUUGCCCUGUCUUGCUUUGAAGGACAAUAUACGCUCUUCUCUUGUGUGCAAGACAUGGAGUGAAAUUGCUGCCUCUGUCCUCCGCCAUAUUGAUAAACCUUACUGGCUUAUGUAUCUUAUUACGUGUAAUACCACCCGGGGUGUCUCCUAUGGUUUUUACGACCCUAUAGCGAAGAAGAAGACAAAGGCAAUGACUCUACCCGAGUUAUCCAUAAAUUCGAAAAUCUUUUGUUCCAAUGAAGGUUGGUUACUCAUCAAAGACUAUUCUCCACAUGGCAAUCUUUGCUUCUUCAAUCCUUUUACCCGAAAGCGCAUAAACUUGCAUUUUUCUAAACACACGAUAUGUAGCACGACAUUUGCUUUCACUUGUGCUCCUACAAAGAUCGGUUGUUUGGUGGUUGGUAUUGAAGGUUUCCCGGAUAGUGUAUAUACCACCAUCAGCACUUGGCAUCCUGGUGCAGUUACGUGGGUACAUGAGAAAUUUCCUAACGAGAUUUCUUCUCACUUUAGGCACACAAAAAACAUUAUAUAUUCGGAUGGUCUCUUUUAUAUGGCUACAGAAAUUGCGUUAGGGGUAUUCGAUCCAUCUGCGCGUACGUGGAAUGUUCUUCCUAUGCAACCGAUCCUUGGUGUUGGCCCUCGGAUUAGAACAUUGAGGUGGAUGACUGAAUAUGCAGGACAGAUAUAUCUUGUAGAUGCAUCAUAUGUGGACCCGGUUGUGUUUAGGCUUAACCGAUUGGAGUCGGUGUGGGAAAAGAAAGAAACACUGGAUGGCUGCUCAAUAUUUGUGAGCAAUGGGUUAUGCGUGAUAACCUCUAGCCUCACAGGGUCAAUGAGUAACAUUCUCUAUAUCUGGAAUAAUGAUAUCAACGGAAGGCGUCCAACCAAGUAUAUGUGUACUUUUAAACGUAAUCGCCCCUACAAGUAUUCUUUAUAUAACAAGAGUUUAUGUGAAGAUCCCGAAGGGUAUUACUUUGAAUAUCUGACAAGGAGGGAUAUGGAUGGUGUCUGGAUCGAGCCGCCCCAAGACAUCUCUAUCUAUGAUUUCUCCACUAUUGAUCCCUCUGAUGCCAUGAACACACGUCUUUUUUUUUUGAUUUUUCAGCUUGAUCUAUCCUCUAAGAUCUAAGCUUUAUUAUCUAUUGUAUUGUAUCAGAUGAUGUGUAUUGUGUGCUGUAACAAUUCAGAGAUAGAUCACUAUGCUGUUUCAGUGUAACUAGAUACAUUUUGUUUAAAAUGGCUCU